UCCCCGUGUGAUUCAUCUUCUUAAACAUAGACGAUCUUCGCCGCAACUCCUCUGACAGCUAACCGACUCUUCUUCGCUCUCAACAAAGCUGGGCGGACCAGAACUCACGGGACCGGGACGGGGAGAGCGUUGACCCGGGUCUCCCCCAGCCAGCCAUGGAUGACCACCGCGCCGCCUCCCUUGGAAAAGUCAGCGGCUCCACCGAGUCCGUCGCCUCCGUUGCCACGGUCACCAGCGAGGAGUUUGUUCUGAUCCAGUCCAGCGCCGCCGGGUCACCGCAGGGCUCCGAGGGCAAGCCCAGACUCAAGAUGUCUGUGAAUGGCAGCGAGCAGCUGGAGAAGGCGAUGGAGGAGAUGCUGGACGACGAUGACAACGAGGUGAAGGUGGAGAAGAGCAACGUGGAGAAGAUGGAGAAGCACGAGGACUCGGAGGACCGAGUCCUGGAGCCCACACCUGCACCCUCAGACUGCUGCCCCCCCGCGCUGGAGGAGGACAGCGUCCAGUUCAACAAGCUGUCCUACCUGGGCUGCACCUGGGUGAAGGCGCCGCGCAGCGAGGCCGAGGCCCAGCGGGCGAUGGUCACCCUGAGGGCCGAGAGUGCCGUGCCCGUCCCCGUCACGCUGCACGUGCCCUGUGGCCCCGACGGCUCCGUCAGGAUUGCAGACCAGGCCACCGGCACCGAGAUCGCCUCCUUUCCCAUCUACAAGGUCUUGUUCUGCGCUCGAGGAAACGAGGGUUCGGUGGAAAGUGAUUGUUUCUCCUUCACCGAGAGCUACCGGAGCGCCGAGGACUUCCAGAUCCACGUCUUCUCCUGCCACAUCAAAGAGGCUGUGAGUCGUAUCCUGUACAGUUUCUCCACAGCGUUUCGACGUUCCUCCCGGCCGGCGGACAUCAGGGACACGUCUCUGUCCAGUCUGCCCGACGGUGACCUCUACACCUUCACCGUGACCUUGGAAAUAAAAGAGGACGACGGCAAGGCCCACUACAGUCCGGUGCCGAAGGACAGAGAUAAAUUCUACUUCAAGCUGCGUCAGGGCGUCCAGAAGAAGGUCGUCGUGUCGGUUCAACAAAUGUGCAACAAGGAGCUCGGCAUCGAGAGGUGUUUUGGGAUGCUGCUGAGUCCGGGACAGAAAGUCUGUAACAGCGGAAUGCACCUGCUGGACAUGGAGUCGAUGGGGAGGAGCUCCGAUGGGAAGGCCUACGUGAUCACUGGGAAGUGGAACCCCAACAUGGCCGCCUUCCAGCAGCUGAACGAGGACACGCCCAAAGAUAAGCAGGUCUACAUGACGGUGGCGGUGGACCUGGUGGUCACUGAGGUGGUGGAGCCGGUCCGGUUCCUGCUGGAGUCUCUGGUCCGGGUCUAUCCGUCCAACGAACGCUUCUGGUACUUCAGCCGCAAGACCUUCAGCGAGAGCUUCUACCUCACACUCAGACAGCAGACCCCAGAGAGGGCGAGUCAGAGCGACGCUGUCUACGAGGUGGUGAGUCUUCAGCGGGAGGCAGACAGGAGCAACGAAGGACAACAGGCCACGCCCACUGAGGAAGAGGAGGCUGAUGAAGAUAGCGACAGUGAGAUCUCGAGUGGGACGGGAGACGUUUCCAAAGACUGUCCUGAGAAGAUCCUGGAGUCCUGGGGAGGAAUCCUCACCAUAUGGCACGGGAACCUGACCACGCGGCCGAAGGGUUUGCCGUCGCUGGUCCGGAGCGGCAUCCCAGAACCACUGAGAGCCGAAGUCUGGCAGCUGCUGGCCGGUUGCCACGACAACCACGACCUGCUGGAGAACUACCGCAUCCUCAUCACCAAGGACUCGGCUCAGGAAGGCGUCAUCACGCGGGACAUCCACCGAACCUUCCCCGCUCACGACUACUUCAAGGACUCUGACGGAGACGGACAGGACUCCCUCUACAAGAUCUGCAAGGCCUACUCUGUGUACGAUGAAGAGAUCGGCUACUGCCAGGGUCAGUCGUUCCUCGCCGCUGUCCUCCUGCUGCAUAUGCCCGAGGAGCAGGCGUUCUGCGUGCUGGUGAAGAUCAUGCACCACUACGGCCUCCGCGCUCUGUACAAGAACAACUUCCAGGACCUGCACUGCAAGUUCUACCAGCUGGAGCGGCUGAUGCAGGACCAGCUUCCAGACCUGUGGUCCCACUUCCAGGAGCUGAACCUGGAGGCUCACAUGUACGCCUCCCAGUGGUUCCUCACGCUCUUCACGGCCAAGUUCCCCCUGUGCAUGGUGUUCCACAUCACGGACCUGCUGCUGUGUGAGGGUCUAAGCAUCAUCUUCAACGUCGCCCUGGCUCUCCUCAAGACCUCCAAAGAGGACCUCCUGCAGGCGGACUUCGAAGGAGCCCUCAAGUUCUUCAGGGUCCAGCUGCCGAAGCGCUACCGAGCUGCAGAGAACGCCCGGAGGCUGAUGGAGCAGGCCUGCAACAUCAAGGUUCCAACGAAGAAGCUGAAGAAGUUUGAGAAAGAAUAUCAAACGUUGAGAGAGAGUCAACUGCAGCAGGAGGACCCAAUAGACCGGUUCCAGAGGGAGAACCGGCGUCUCCAAGAGGCCAGCAUGCGACUGGAACAGGAGAACGACGACUUGGCCCACGAACUGGUGACCAGUAAGAUCGCCCUGCGGACCGACCUGGACCAGGCAGAGGACAAGGCCGACGUGCUGAACAAGGAGCUGCUCAGCACUAAGCAGCGUCUGGUGGAGACGGAGGAGGAGAAGCGGCGUCAGGAGGAGGAGACGGCUCAGGUAUCACCUCGUUAAGCUCGUUAGCGAGCUGCGAUCCCAUUGGCCGGUCGCCUCGAUGACCUCUGCCGCUGUGUUACGGAUAUUUGAACGACUGGUUAUGACGCAACAGAGCUUAACGUCUCUAUAUGCACACGGACAGAUUGUUUUUGAGAGAUGCCAUGUUGCCAUGGAGAUGUUGACCCCCCCCCC